AUGAUGAAUGGAGCAGCGGGACCCUCGCACAUGGAUCGUCGCGAGCGGGUUCUCAAGUUAGGCGAGAGUUUCGAGAAGCAUCCGCGCUGCGCCUUCCACACUGUACGAUAUGAUUUCAAACCUGCUUCUAUUGACACUUCCUGUGAAGGAGAGCUUGAAGUCGGCAAAGGUGAACAGGUGACAAUAACUCUGCCAAAUAUAGAAGGUUCAACUCCACCAGUAACUGUUUUCAAAGGUUCAAAGAAACCUUACUUAAAGGAAUGCAUUUUAAUUAUUAACCAUGACACUGGAGAAUGCCGACUAGAAAAACUCAGCAGCAACAUCACUGUAAAAAAAACAAGAGUUGAAGGAAGUAGUAAAAUUCAGUAUCGCUUAGAGCAACAGCAGCAACACCUGCGGACUUCAGCUAGGACUCCCAAUCUUGUGAAACAUUCUCCAUCUGAAGACAAAAUGUCCCCAGCAUCUCCAAUGGAUGAUAUUGAAAGAGAACUGAAGGCAGAAGCUAGUCUAAUGGACCAGAUGAGUAGUUGUGAUAGUUCAUCGGAUUCCAAAAGUUCAUCAUCUUCAAGUAGUGAGGAUAGUUCCAGUGACUCAGACGAUGAAGAGUGCAGAUCCUCUCCUUCUGAUCCAGGGAAUUAUAUCUCAGGACAUCCUGCCAUGUCUGCCAUGCCGCAUUGCAGGAUUCCUGAUAUGGAUGCUGGCCAGAAUAGAUCUCAUGACAACAGUAGCCUUCUGAUGAAUACUUUAAGAAAUGAUUUGCAGCUGAGUGAAUCAGGAAGUGACAGUGAUGAUUGA